GAGAAAUCCAUACAGCCGAAAGAGAGAGAAGCAUAGCAGGCCUAGACAACAAUGUGAAAAUGGAAGUUAUUGAGAGCGUUAGACCCAAUCCAAAUCUACCCAAUGUAGAUGGUCAUGGCCACCAUGAAUCUGCCUUUUUCCCAGUUCUGAAACAUACGUGCAUCAUUACAUCACUCCAUAGCUGUUUCGCCUUCAGGUCCAAAAAAGUAGAUAAAAGAAACAGUCUAAAGACGGACUAAAAAGAUAAAGCCAGACGAUUCUCGUUGCCUCCCCUUUUUCUUUUCUUCAUUGGUUUGCUCACAUUUUCUUCUUUUUGUUAAAAAAUAAUUUAUUUUUUUUCCUUUUCUUUUCUGGGUUUUCCAGCUCUGGUCCAAGCUGUUAGAUUCCUUCUUCUCCAAGAUUCUCUUUUUUAUCUUCAAUUUUCCCACCGAUCACCUCUUCUUUUUUUCUCAAUUCCAGCGUUUUCGUUUUCGUAGUUGCCCGAUUCCUCUGAAAUUUGGUUUGAUUGAAGUUUUCAGAAAUUGAAGAGAAUAUCUUUAUAUACAGGAACUGAGGGAGAGAGAGGCCCAAACGUAGAAAUGGGAUUGAAACUAGAAACCGGAAAGCAAAGCAAGAAAUUUGCAGUCAUAUUUAUCAGAACAUGUUACAGAUCAGUAUGCAAUCAUCCAUUUCUUGUGGGUAUCUUGUUCUGUUUGAUAAUUCUGUACAGAUCGUUCCCUUUUUGGUUUUCUCUUUUGGUUUCUGCAUCCCCUGUUUUGGUAUGUACUGCUAUUCUGCUUGGGACCCUUUUGAGUUUUGGGCAACCUAAUAUACCUGAAAUUGGAAAAGAAGAGCAUCUUAGCCAUGAUAUUGCUUCUCUUAGAGCUGGGGUUUCAGAGAAUGACACUGUUGUUGUUGAGCGUGAUGAGAGCUUUGUCGUAGGAAAAUAUGAAGGGAAAAAGAGUGAUGAUGAAGUAGAAAAAUCCAUUGAAGAAUCAAGUUCCUUGGUUGAUAAGGUCAGUAAGGUUGAGGAUGAUCAUCUGCCUAUUGCUGAUGAGAAUCCGCAUGAAAUUCACACUGAGAAGAGGUUAAUUGAGGAAGUUGAGAGGGAAUCAAGCGGUUUAGAGUUGGAAAGUAAUAGGGGUGUUGAUGAGGGAAAAGCCGGGAUUGAGGGCACGUUACGUGAUGGGAAAGCUUAUGGAGAUCACUUUUCUUUGGUUCAAGAAAUAGAAGCUGAUAACUCUUCUGGAGUGUCGGUCAAAGAUCAGAAAGAAGAUCACUUAUAUUCUUCUCUGGUCAAUGGUGGCGGUGAUGAAAAUUAUAAUGAUGAUGUUGAUGAUGACAAUGACGAUGUGUCUUCGGAUUCUGAGUCUGAUAGGGCAGAGAGUUCAUCACCUGAUGCCUCAAUGGCUGACAUAAUGCCAAUGCUUGAUGAACUGCAUCCGCUUUUGCCCAGAGAAUCUCCACGUCCCCGUCCUAUGUCCCCUGAUGAGUCUGAUGCUGUUUCAGAGCGGUCUCAUAGAAGUAAUGAUGACAGUGGUGAGUCAGAUGAGGAUUCUGAAAUCCAGGGAGAAGUAGAAGGGGAUGGUGAAGAAGAAGCACAAGGAGGCAAGGAGGAUGAGAGUAAGUCCGCAAUCAAGUGGACAGAAGAUGACCAGAAGAAUCUAAUGGAUUUGGGAACUUCAGAGCUUGAGAGGAACCAACGCCUGGAGAAUAUUGCAAGGAGGAGAGCACGGAAAAGCUUCAAAAUGAUGGCUGAGAAGAAUCUAAUUGACUUUGAAAGUGCAGAUCUUCCCUUCAAUGUCCCACCGAUUUCAAUAGCAAGACGCAACCCAUUUGACCUUCCUUAUGAUUCCUAUGACAACAUGGGGUUGCCACCAAUUCCUGGGUCUGCUCCAUCUAUUUUGUUGCCAAGAAGAAAUCCCUUUGAUAUUCCCUAUGACUCAAAUGAAGAGAAACCUGAUCUCAAAGGGGAUGGUUUUGCGCAAGAGUUUACAACAGAUCCCCCCCAAAAGGACAUAUUCUUCCGAAGGCAUGAAAGUUUUAGCUUGGGACCAUCCAGUUUAGGGUUUGUCAAGCAUGAUAAGCAAGAUAUCAAGUGGAGACCUGUUUUUGUACCAGAACGGUUAGCUGCAGAAGGAACAAGCUAUUCCUCAUUCACAAGGCAAUCAAGUGAAGUUAGUGAUUCAAAGUUAAGUUCAGUUCCCGAUUCUGAAUCAGUAAGUUCAGGUGCAGAUCCAGAUGAGAAGAUCCUAGGUGAGCAGGAUUUUUCUAAAGAAAAAGAAAUGAUUUCCAACCUAUAUCAGGCUUCUAAUCUCGUUGAACAUGGAGGUCAAUCCUCUGAGGGUGUAGCUUCUGCAGGAAUGGUACAAACUGAGAAAAGAGAUGUUCAACAUGCUGAGUUUGAAGUAACAUUGGGGCAAGUGGAAAAUCACAAUGAAAUGGAAGUGGAAAAUUACAACGAAACAGAAGUUGAAAAUAAGAGUGAAACAGAGUCGUGCUCGUCAGAAACAGAAGAGGAAGUCAAUGAUGUGGAACUCAAUACUAGUGAAAUCCAUUUGGAAACUGAACCAGUUGAGGAGGAAAGCAGUGGUGGGUCAAGCUUAUCAUCAUUGUCAGAAGUGGAUGAAAAAAUUUCAAUUGUUAAAAAUGAUGAUGGAUCAUCAAGUUUGGAGGCCAGUGGUAAUCAUAUUAAUGAAUCUGUUGAUUCACCGCAACCUUCAUUUGAGGAAUCAAAACUGCAACUUGUGAGUGAGGUGGUGGAUGAAAAUCUACAUGUGGAGCCUGUUUAUGAUUCAAGUCCCCAAGCAGCUGGAAAAUUACUCUCCUUGACCUCCAUUUCUAAUGAUACACAAGCAGAGAUAUUGGAAAUGGUUAAACCUCCUGCAUCAGAAAAUAGGGCUGUUUUUGUUGAGGACGAGGAGUCUAAGGUGCAUGGAGGAGAGAGCAUAGAGAAUGAUUCUUCUCAUCAUGAAGAGAUGAAUGCUGCCUCAACAAGUUUACAUGCAGUUGAUGGAGUUGCUUUUGGGUCAGAGCAAGUGAUAGAAACCAGUGAGAAUGUUUCAAGGGCUGGGUCAUUAGAAUGUAGUCCAACGUCUGAUGAUCAAAAUCGAUCUGUGGUUCCUGAACCUGUAUUUGGGGAUGUUGAUUCAAGUUCCUCUUCGUCAGGGAUUAGAUCCAUAGAGGAAGGUAAGAGAAAUCAAGAAGAAAGUGAUCUUUAUGAUCCUUAUGAUGCGCGCUCAUCAAGUUUUGAUGUUGAGCCCAUUACAGUACACCAAGAUGAGGAUAACAAUUCAGUUGCUUCAGGUGAUCAGAUAUCUCCAGACAAGACAACCUUUUCUAGGCAAGAGGAAGAACAAUUUGUGGUUGAGCAUUCAUCAGUUCCUGAUUUAUCUACUUCAGAAACUGGAGUUCUAAAGGAACCGAAAGUGCUUCAGGAAGAAACCAUUCAUCUUUAUGAGGAUCAAGUCCACUCAUAUAGUUCAUCAGAGAAAGUAUCAAUAGAAGAAGAUACCUAUAAGUAUGGAAUUUCUCAUCCUGAAAAGGAUCAGGUCCAGUCAUCAAGUAUCCAAUCCAAAAUGCAAGUUGGGAGCACCCCAGAUUUGAGUGUUCCAUUGGUUAUACCGGAAGGAGAACAAGCUUCCCUGGUGCUUGAGCAAGUUAAAGAGGUUGAUCCAAGUUUAUCUCCUUCAGAAAAAGAUCAUGUGAUAGAGGAUUCAUUAAAUAAGCAAGAAACUGUUCUGGUUGAACGCGGUGAACUGUCCAUAUCAAGUUCGGAUGAAAAGAUUCAUGCCAGUCUUCCCCAAGGUUCAGAAUUGAAGGCUGCUUCAGAGUCGGAGAAAGAGCUAUCCUGGUCAGAUAAGGCUAUAGUUGAACCACAUUUUGAUGAUCAGAGCAUACUCCAUGAACCAGCUGCAGUCACUGCAGUGUUUAAGGAGGAUUCAAGCACCGUAAGUAAUGAUCAUGAUCCUGAUGAAGAAACUGUGACUAAUUUAUCUCCUUACACUUCUGAUUCUGUCCCAAUCCCAUCAGAGAGUCCUGAACAUAAAUCAACCACCGGUGAAAUUGAUUUGAAAACUAGCUUCCUUGAUAAAGAGGACAGCAGUCGAGUCUCUGAACACCUUGAUUUUCAACCAGAAGCACAUGUUCAGGAGGAAAAUUUCAACGAGGUAGACGAAAUAAAAGAUAUUGAUGAAGGAUUGUUGUCAGAAUUGGAUACAGUUGGGGACUUCAGCGUAAAAGAAGUUGGAAAGCCUCUUCAUGAUGAGCUGACACAACAGGAAGCUGUCACUGAGAGUACCAAUCUUGUGAUGUUGCCUGAUGAUGCAAAUCUGACACAGACCAACGGGGAGUUACCAGUUCUCGAAGCUAAAUCAAUUGUAGAUAUUGAUCUGGCUUUUAAGCAACUGCAUGAGGGAGUAGAUGUUGAGGAAGUAAUCCUUCCCAAUGUGGUUGAGAGUACUGAUCUUGGGAUGUUGCCCGAUGAUUCAAAUCUGUCACAGACAAAAGGGGACUUACCAGUUCUUGAAGCAAAAUCAAUUGUAGAUAUUGAUCUGGCUUUUAAGCAACUGCAUGAGGGAGUAGAUGUUGAGAAAGUAAUCCUUCCCAGUAUGGUUGAGGAUCAGCUCGCCAAGGAAGAGUUGAAAGAUCCCAAGGAAAGUACUUCAGAUUUGCAAGUUGUUGAAGCUAAAUCUUUGGAAGAUAUUUUUACUGCUUUGAAACAAGUCUCAGAAGUUGAUGCUGGUGAGCUGCCUAUAAAGGAUGCAUCAGCAGCAGAAGAGAAAGAAGUGGGUUCCAUCAAGGACAUCGAAUCAGGUAGUAAAGAUAAAGAAUCUGGUACUGAUGAACUGAAACAUGAUAUCCAUGAGACACUUGAAAAUCCUGAUUCAAGCAUAACAAAUACUAGAGGUAAGAAGUCUAAGACCCGGAAAGUGAAGUCUGGUUCAAGUUCCAGUUCGAGCUCCAGCUCGAGCUCAAGCUCUAGUGAUUCCGAGUGAAAAUAGUAGUUCAAGAAGAGAAGAAAAUGAGAUUGCCGUUUGGUCCAUUAUCCUUUGUGGUUUUAUUUUUCAAUGGUUAUGGGCUUUUCUGGUUCUAGUUGUGUUUCGUUGAUUUUUUGAUUGAUCGAUUUUCUUCAAGAAUGAGUUUUUUGGUUUGA